UUUGGAAAUACCAUAAAUCUCGGCUUUCUUUCUAUAUAUUCGGAAGCUCUCGCCUUCCAAGUCGUUCUAAUCCGUUUAUAUCUGGUACCGAUUUUGUUCCCGUCUGAAGGGCUUUCACAACAAUGGCACAAGCAGAGAUCCAGAGCAACAGUCCUGAAAUCCUGGAGCCGUCCCCGAAGAUCCAGAAACUUGAUCAGAAUGGCGUUGACGAAGUUCCCCAAAGUUCAUUUCCGCUCUUGAAAGUGAAGAAGCUUUCGGAAAAUGCUGUUCUGCCUUCAAGAGGCUCCCCUCUCUCUGCAGGAUAUGAUCUGUCAAGUGCGACGGAUACUAAGGUGCCGGCUAGAGGAAAAGCACUUGUUCCUACCGAUCUCAGCAUUUCAAUACCUGAAGGAACCUACGCUCGCGUCGCACCAAGGUCUGGUUUGGCUUGGAAGCAUUCAAUUGAUGUGGGUGCUGGAGUGAUUGAUGCUGAUUAUAGAGGACCUCUUGGGGUUAUACUGUUUAACCAUUCAGAUGCUGAUUUUGAGGUGAAAGCUGGAGAUAGGAUUGCGCAGCUGAUUAUUGAGAGGAUCAUGACUCCCGAUGUUGUUGAAGUUGAGGAUUUGGAUUCUACUGUUAGAGGCGCCGGUGGGUUUGGAUCUACCGGCGUUUGAUUCUCUGUGUGUGCAAGCAGUUAGGGUUUAGGGCCAAACAAUGUAAGGGGAAAAUCCUGUUGGUUAGUUUUGUUAGUACGUUGCUUAGUGCUUGCAAGUACUCUGGAUGAUUAGAAAGAAUCUUCCAACUAGUUAAUCAAUAUUCUCAGCUUGC